GCUACGUCCUGCAGGAAGCGGCCGUUUGUUAGACUGGAGAAGGUGGGCAGUGGGUGAUUUAGAAGAAUGUUGAGUCUUUUUCAGACUCUGUUGUCUAGGACUCACCUUGGGGUUUGGUGACUCUAGCAGUCUCCCUACUAGAUGUAUAAAAAGGAUGUUUAUGGGGUGCUGCCCCUUACAUUAAUUCCAUGGUUUUGAUAAUGUAUAAGUUAAUAACAUACCUUCCUUCUUCCACCAGAACUGCCCUUUUUCUUUCUCGGGUGUCUUUACACGAGUUUUAUAAACACGGCAUGUCUCUUACAAUGGCACUGUGGUAACUGCCAGAAAGUGACGACCGUCUGUAGAAACGUUGUCCUGAUACCAACCUUGGCCUUCUUGGUCACUUUGGAGUCCUUUGGUUGUCCUUGGGUGUUCUAAGUACCCUAAGAGUGUCCAGAUUUAAUUUUGUCCAAAAUAGAGACUUGUACCUUUCAAAAGUCAAGCUGUGCUGAGCCCUGUUCCUUCCUUCCUUGUCAUUUCAGACAAGCCAUGUAGUUGCCUCAGGAAAGACAAGAGGGAGUUGCUGUCUUCAGACUUAGCUGGGAGCUUGCACACCAGAAAUUGGCCACAUUGCAACUUGAAACCACUGGCAUUCUUCAGUGUAUUUGUAAGGGGAGGGGGGUGAAAAAAAUCUUCUUUUCUCCCUCAGUUGUAUCUGCGUUGUUAUAGAAGUUGUUUUAUAUUUUAUUAAAAACUUAGAGGGACUGGGGUAUGUGUGCAUAUAUCUCAAGGUGGCGCAUGAAGGCUUGGGUUUAAUCCUCAGGACCCCCCAAAAAUCUUGUGUUCUAAAUCAUAAACAUGGUUUGGGUAUGGCCUCACCUGUUUAUUUUCCCCUAUGUGAAAAUCCGCACCUAGACUAGAAGCCAGGUCCUCCUCUGUCUCAACCAAGAUGCAAUAGGACAGUGGACAUUUUAGCCAGCUUAGCACAGCCACACCAUGUUUUCUCACCGGCAGGUCUCAACUGGGAGCAAGAAAGUGGGUUUUCCAUCUGAGAAGCUCAUGUAUGGGAGGCUGUGUGGGUCUCAUGGGAAGGUGCUUGGUGACUUUUCAGGAGGUGGCAGCCUUUGAGGGAGCUAUUUAUAGCUCGGGAAAUGACUGCAGUCUAAAGGAAGACUUUGUCAUCUUUUUUAGUUACAUGUUCAAAUAGAAAAGUGCUUUUAAUUUGCACUGAGGAACUAUAAAUGAAAUACCAUUUUACACGUUGUUAAAUACUGAAAUGGCUGCAGGUUUGUUUCAGACGUACACAACCUUAACAGCUUCCCUGAAUAUGUACUGAAUGGCAGCAGCCACUUGUUUAUCUUCCCGGCUGCUUGAGAACAUUCCGUCUGGUUGCUAGGAAGUUGCCAUGGCCACAUUCUGUUUUGGAGUUACAGAGUUAGUUCUAGCUCGGGACACAAGCUUGGAAGUAGAUUCUUUGGGAAAGCAGUGUGCUGAAACCACUCUCAAAUGGAACAGAGGGCUCUGAAGAAACUGGUGGAGUCCAUCAGUAAAACUGUCAAGAGCUGUGAGUACUGAGGUCUCCACCACCUCGACGCAGUCAGACUGGUGUUGGUUGUCAAGAAAAGUGAAAUUGAAUGUCUCAUACGCCUUUUCUAUAGCUUUGUGGAAAAACCCAGUGGAAAGCUUGUUAACGCCAGGCUGGACUGCAACACGUUUCGAGGGAUCCUGCACAACGUAUUCGGAAUGACCGAUGACAUGAUAAUGAACAGGGUGUUCUUUGUAUUUGACAAAGACAGUGACAACUAUGUAAGUGUGCAAGAGUGGGUGAAGGGACUGUCGGUGUUUCUCCGGGGGACUUUCGAAGAAAAGAUGAAAUUCUGUUUUGAAGUCUAUUAUUUAACUGGAGACGGUUAUAUUUCCCGGGAGAAGAUUUUUGACAUGCUGAAGAACAGUCUCUCCCAGCAGUCCCCUGAAGAAGACAAUGAUGAAGGAAUAAGGGAGCUGGUGGAGAUAAGCCUGAAGAAAAUGGAUCAUGACAAUGAUGGCAAGAUCUCUUUUGCAGACUUUGAAAAAGCAGUGAGAAAAGACAGGCUUUUGUUGGAGGCGUUUGGACCAUGCCUCCCAGAUGCAAAGAACUGCCUUCAUUUUGAAGCCCUGGUAUUCAGAAACAAACCACCUGCUACUUUUUGAACACCAAUUGCUCAAAAACCUGAAUUAAAGUCAGAUCUUGACUGUCCUUAUUUGCAUCUAGUUUUGUAUUUGUUUCAAGCAAUUUAAAUAUUGUAAUAUAAGAACUAAUACAGUAUGAAAAGAACUGUUUCUGCCACAUUGAGAGUAGAUCCAAAAAAAAAA